AAAUAAUAUUCCAUAGAAUCUUUCUAAAAAUCUAAAAGUGUUGCUUUUCUUGUUGUUUUCACAGGAAUAAAUCUUUUACAAGGAGCUGAAGCAUGGCAGUCCUCUACAUAUGGUAUUCAUUUGAUGGCAGAAAUGGCUAUAGACGGAAACAUAGAAAGCUGUGCCCACACUGAUACUGGUUUCUCUUUCUGGGCUGUUGAGUUUGGAACUGCGGGUCCUGUAAAGUCAGUCAAAAUAAAGUCACGGACAGACUGUUGUUUUGAAAGACAGACAAAUUUCACAGUGACCGUUGCUAACAAUCGUGAUGAUGUCAUGAAUGAUGCCGGAACAGACUGUGGAUCUUACUUUGGUCUUGCUAUUGCAAACGAACCCUUUAGCAUAACAAUCAAUUGUACAAAUACAAUCUUCGGAAAGUUUCUAAAAGUCAAGCAUGAAUCUACAGAAAUGAUGACGUUAUGUGUACACCUUAAUUUAAAUGUUAAUGUGAAGUCUAAAACAUUCUGUGCACAACUUCACGAACUUCAAUAA